GCUAAGCACCUCAAAAGUAGCAGUCGUAGCAGUCUCUCCUCGUCAUCCUCCGCCUCCUCCAUAAACCCCUCCCCUUCGAGUACCCUUUCUCUUUCUCUCUCUAAAAUCUACCUGCUUUUUUUCCCGCCUUUUUCUCUUUCCUAGUGUUUAUCCAGUCACUGAAAACAACACUCAUCUUUUCUUCUCUCGCUCUCGCUCUCUGUCUCUAUCUCAUACACACACAUACAUAGCUUUUAAGUUGGCAUCCUCAAAUAUGAUUCACCAAUCUUUCAUUUUCAUACUUGACAUUAUUGCAUCACUGGUUUUCUCUGAACUUCAUCGCUUCUUCAAUGAUUCUCUCUCUUUUCUAACUCUCCCCAGUUUCACAUUUUUUUUCUCUGCUCAUCUUUGUGUUAUCAUUCAUCUUUUUGAUUGGGAUAGUUUUGGUAAAUGUGGUGGUGGUUAGGGUUUUCAAUUUUCAAUUGGGUUUUGAUUUUGAGGUAUUGAGCAGAGUGUAGUGUAGUGAAAAUGUCGUCCUCUUCGAGAGGCCGGGGGUUUGAUCAUCCGCCACAGCGGCGUCUCACGCGGACUCAGACGGCUGGGAUUCUGGGAGGAGAGUCGAUAAUCGACAGUGAAGUUGUGCCUUCGUCGCUUGAAGAGAUUGCUCCGAUUCUUCGUGUUGCCAAUGAAGUUGAAAAUACCAACUCAAGGGUUGCUAAUCUCUGUCGUUUCUGUGCUUUUGAGAAAGCUCACAAGCUGGAUCCCUCUUCUAGUGGACGUGGUGUUCGUCAAUUUAAAACAGCACUUCUUCAACGCCUAGAAAGGGAGAAUGAUUCAACGUUGAUGGGAAGAGUAAACAAAAGUGAUCCACGUGAGAUGCAGACUUUUUAUCAUCACUACUACAAAAAAUAUAUUCAAGCUUUGCAUAAUGCUACUGAUAAAGUUGAUCGUGCACAGCUUACCAAAGCGUACCAAACUGCUAAUGUUCUCUUCGAGGUUCUGAAGGCUGUCAAUCAGACCCAGGCUGUGGAAGUUGAUCGUGAGAUAUUGGAAGCUCAUGAUAAAGUUGCAGAAAAGACUGAGAUCUAUCUCCCUUAUAAUAUUCUUCCUCUUGAUCCCGAUAGUGCAAAUCAGGCAAUUAUGAGAUAUCAAGAGAUUCAAGCUGCUCUUUUAGCAUUUCGUAACACCAGGGGCCUUCCAUGGCCAAGGGACUACAAGAAGAAAAAAGAUGAUGAUAUCCUAGACUGGCUUCAAGUAGUAUUUGGUUUUCAGAAGGAUAAUGUGGCAAAUCAAAGGGAGCAUAUCAUUCUAUUACUUGCAAAUGUGCACAUUCGGCAAUUUCUCAAACCUGAUCAACAACCUAAGUUGGAUGAACGUGCAUUGGAUGAAGUGAUGAAGAAACUAUUCAAGAACUACAAAAAAUGGUGCAAGUACUUAGAUCGCAAAAGUAGUCUUUGGUUACCCACCAUAAAGCAGGAAGAGCAACAGCGUAAAUUAUUAUACAUGAGCCUAUAUCUUCUUAUAUGGGGUGAAGCUGCAAACCUAAGAUUCAUGCCAGAAUGCCUUUGCUAUAUUUAUCAUCAUAUGGCGUUUGAAUUGUAUGGUAUGCUAGCUGGGAAUGUCAGUCCUGUGACAGGAGAGAAUGUGAAGCCAGCCUAUGGAGGUGAGGAAGAGGCUUUCUUGAGGAAAGUUGUUACUCCUAUUUACGAAGUGAUUGCAAAGGUACUCCAUGCAUUAUGGAUGAUUGACUCAUAAUUCUGUAUUUACUAAAUUUUUAGGUCAGUUGACUGUUUCCACUUAGGCUGGCCAAUGAGAGUUGAUGCAGACUUUUUUUGUCUGCCCAUUGAAAAGCUUCGUGUUGAAAAAAAUGGGGAUAACAAGCCAGCUGGUAGAGAUCAGUGGAUAGGGAAAGUCAAUUUUGUGGAGAUACGAUCAUAUUGGCAUAUGUUUAGAAGCUUUGAUAGAAUGUGGAGUUUUUUUAUAUUGUGCUUGCAGGCUAUGAUAAUUGUUGCUUGGAAUGAUACGGGGAAACCAAGAUCAAUAUUCAGUUCUGAUGUUUUCAAAGUACUGAGUGUGUUUAUCACCGCUGCAAUACUAAAGCUUGGGCAAGCUGUCCUUGAUGUUAGCCUUAGUUGGAAAGCAAGGAGGUGCAUGUCAUUCCAUGUCAAGCUACGAUACAUAUUAAAGGUUGUGUCUGCUUCUGCAUGGGUGAUAAUUCUGCCAAUCACAUAUGCUUAUACUUGGAAGGAUCCUCCUGCAUUUGCUCAAACCGUUAAAAGUUGGUUUGGCAAUAAUUCCAAGUCGCCUUCAUUGUUUAUUGUGGCUGUUGUUAUCUACUUGUCACCAAAUAUGCUCGCUGCAAUAUUGUUUCUUUUCCCCUUCAUCCGUCGAUUGCUUGAGAGAUCAAACUAUAGAGUUGUGAUGUUGAUGAUGUGGUGGUCACAGCCUUGGCUUUAUGUUGGAAAGGGGAUGCACGAGAGUACAUUUUCUCUUUUCAAGUACACAAUGUUUUGGGUUCUUCUUAUAAUGACAAAGUUAGCAUUCAGUUACUACAUAGAGAUAAGGCCUCUUGUGAAUCCAACAAAAGCUAUCAUGAGAAUUCACAUAACAAAUUAUCAGUGGCAUGAAUUCUUUCCUCGUGCAAGGAAUAACAUUGGUGCUGUGAUUGCACUCUGGGCUCCAAUUAUUCUUGUCUAUUUUAUGGACGUCCAGAUCUGGUAUUCUAUAUUCUCCACAUUGUUUGGAGGUAUCUAUGGUGCAUUCCGUCGUCUUGGAGAGGUUAAUGGACUUCUUUUUUCUUUUUUCGUUCUAUGACUUGCAUGCAUAUUUUGUGCCACUGCUUCUAACACUUUAUUUUGCCAAUAAUUAGAACAAAAAACCUCGUCUUUGGGCUUCAUUGUCAUGAAGCAGUUGCCAACCACAGUAAUAAUAUAAUUAGUACUUACAACUUUGUGCUCAAUUAUAAGGAAGUUUCUGCCUUCUAACCCAAUUAAU